UGCUUUUUAACAUUGCAGCUUCACAUAAGCCAUCUUCAUCCACGUCUUUUCAAACACCCAACUUCCUCCUUUUUCCCUGCGAGGAGGAGGAAGAGAGAAGUAAGGGUUUCGUAGGAACAAGGGCUACGCCUUCACGAAGAAGAAGCAGAAUCCGGCACUUCCAUUUUCUUUUUUUCUUUUUCUUACGAAAACAAACAAGAUCUGCGCUUGCGCUUUAAUUAGGAUUUGAGGAUCAUCCUGUUUUCAUUUUUUUUUCGUUGAAUUAAAUAAUUACCUGCCAUGGCGACGGAGGUUUUGCGACCUCAGGACUGCUUGGUCGAACGGAUUAGGGGUCCUCCGGCAGUGUUUUCCAGGCGGAGGAAUUAUGGGGGUUACUGUAAUUACAAUAACUACGUACCAAACUCCCGACCUUCCCGGAAACCAUCGACCAGACCUGAGAGGCAGGACCAGAGGAAGCGGGUUGUAGUUUCGAGCCAGCCGGUGCCGGAGCCGUUGGUCUCAAAGAAAUUGAGCUCCGAUGAUUCGAAGAUGGCGAAGGGGAGCGGUUUGGUGAUGGAAAAAGUGACGAUUCUCAGGAGAGGACAAUCCUUGGAUUCAACGAUUAAGAGCGAGGUUUUGAAGACGGAAAGCGAGGAAUUGGUGGUUUGUGGAACGCAGAGAUUGGGUCCGGAUCCAGAAAUGGUUCCGAAGCAGAUUCGUAUCGUGAAGAGCGACGUGUACGCAGGAUCGGCGUUUGCGGUGUCUCCGGCGCCGAGCGCGCUUCCUCUUCCAUCUUUUUCGAAGAAGCAGCAGCUCUCAGCGGCCGUUGAUGACUCUGCCACGCGAGAUCUGAGGCGUCUCCUCCGACUCGAAUGAUAUGGAUCUGGUUGAAAAUCGGGUUGAAUGAUCCGAAGAAAAUAAAUAUUUCCUUGUGAUUUCACUCCCUCUCAUCAUUAUCUUCUUCUUCGUUAAGUCGAGCGUCAUCUUCGCCACGUUCCUCCCAGAUCGAAGGUCUGAUCCGACUGUGAUUUUUUUAAACGGAAGGGCAGAUCUGAAACUGGGAAAAAGUAGGGGCGAAAACGUGAACGAGCUUGAAAUAGGUGUGCUUGUAUGUUGUAUCAUUAUCAUCAUCUAUCAGGGGUCUGCUAUGUCUAGUACGGUUAGUCUUGGUAAUUUAGGUUAAAUCUAUGAAUUGUGAUAGGACGAAAAGGUUGUUGAAAAAAAAAGAAAGAGAGGAGGGGGUUGAUUUGUAAAAUCCAGAAAAUGUUAGGUUUGGUUUAUGCGGGCGUAAAUAAAGGUGGGAUUGAUUUUUUUUUUUUUUUUUGGGUGUUCCCCUGUUCUGUAUCCGCCAAUGCGUUGUGCCUUUUGUUUGUAAAGAUAAAAGAAUAACAAUAGACAGUUUCCAUUCGCAUUUACUAUGCUUUAA